UCCAUAAAGCCGAAGAAGAAAAAGUUCCCGAUUGGAUACUCGCUAUUCUCGCGUAAGAGGAAUCAGCCAAUCAGAAUGUGUAUAUUCCCAGCAAAGCCCCGCCCCUUCUCGACGUAGUCUUUGGUGGCGGGAAAAGUUCGGUAGUUUUCGCGCCAGGGCUGGGUCAUCUGGGGGCCCUCCGCGCAGUUUUGGAGGUAGCGGUUCCCAGGCGGCGAGCAUGGCGGGGACCGUGGUACUGGACGACGUGGAGCUGCGAGAGGCGCAGAGAGAUUACCUGGACUUCUUGGAUGAUGAGGAAGACCAGGGAAUUUAUCAGAGCAAAGUUCGGGAGCUGAUCAGUGACAACCAAUACCGGUUGAUUGUCAAUGUGAAUGACCUGCGCAGGAAAAAUGAGAAGCGGGCUAACCGCCUCCUGAGCAAUGCCUUUGAGGAGCUGGUUGCCUUUCAGCGGGCUUUAAAGGAAUUUGUGGCCUCCAUUGAUGCUACCUAUGCCAAGCAGUAUGAAGAGUUCUACAUAGGAUUGGAGGGCAGCUUUGGCUCCAAGCAUGUGUCUCCCCGGACUCUUACCUCCUGCUUCCUCAGCUGUGUGGUCUGCGUGGAGGGCAUUGUCACUAAGUGCUCUCUAGUUCGUCCCAAAGUCGUCCGCAGUGUCCACUACUGCCCUGCUACCAAGAAGACUAUAGAGCGACGUUAUUCUGAUCUCACCAGCCUGGUGGCUUUUCCAUCCAGCUCUGUCUAUCCUACCAAGGAUGAGGAAAACAAUCCCCUUGAGACAGAAUAUGGCCUUUCUGUCUACAAAGACCACCAGACCAUCACCAUCCAGGAGAUGCCAGAGAAGGCCCCCGCUGGCCAACUCCCCCGUUCUGUGGAUGUCAUUCUGGAUGAUGACUUGGUAGAUAAAGUGAAGCCUGGUGAUCGAGUCCAGGUGGUGGGGACCUACCGUUGCCUUCCUGGAAAGAAGGGAGGCUAUACCUCAGGAACCUUCAGGACUAUCCUGAUUGCCUGUAAUGUGAAGCAAAUGAGCAAGGAUAUUCAGCCUUCAUUCUCUGCUGAGGAUAUAGCCAAGAUCAAGAAGUUCAGUAAAACUCGUUCCAAGGAUAUCUUUGACCAGCUGGCCAAGUCGUUGGCCCCUAGCAUCCAUGGACAUGACUAUGUUAAGAAAGCAAUUCUCUGCUUGCUCUUGGGAGGAGUGGAACGAGACCUAGAAAAUGGCAGCCACAUCCGUGGAGACAUCAAUAUUCUCCUAAUUGGAGACCCAUCGGUUGCCAAGUCUCAGCUUCUACGCUAUGUGCUGUGCACUGCGCCCAGGGCUAUCCCCACUACUGGCCGGGGUUCCUCUGGAGUGGGUCUGACCGCUGCUGUCACCACAGACCAGGAAACCGGGGAACGCCGUCUGGAAGCAGGGGCCAUGGUCCUUGCUGACCGAGGUGUGGUUUGUAUUGAUGAAUUUGACAAGAUGUCUGACAUGGACCGCACGGCCAUCCACGAAGUGAUGGAGCAGGGUCGAGUCACCAUUGCCAAGGCCGGCAUCCAUGCUCGGCUCAAUGCCCGCUGUAGUGUUUUGGCAGCUGCCAACCCCGUCUAUGGCAGGUACGAUCAGUACAAGACCCCUAUGGAGAACAUUGGGCUGCAGGACUCACUGCUGUCCCGAUUUGACUUACUCUUCAUCAUGCUGGAUCAGAUGGAUCCUGAGCAGGAUCGAGAGAUCUCAGACCAUGUCCUUAGGAUGCACCGUUACAGGGCACCCGGAGAGCAGGAUGGCGAUGCUAUGCCUUUGGGUAGUGCCAUUGAUAUCCUGGCCACAGACGAUCCGAAUUUUAACCAGGAGGACCAGCAGGACACCCAGAUUUAUGAGAAGCAUGACAACCUUCUGCAUGGGACCAAGAAGAAAAAGGAGAAGAUGGUGAGUGCAGCUUUCAUGAGGAAGUACAUCCACGUGGCCAAAAUUAUCAAGCCCGUCCUAACUCAGGAGUCAGCUGCCUACAUUGCAGAAGAGUAUUCACGCCUGCGCAGUCAAGACAGCAUGAGUUCGGACACUGCCAGGACAUCACCAGUUACAGCCCGGACACUGGAAACUCUGAUUCGCUUGGCCACAGCCCAUGCCAAGGCCCGCAUGAGCAAGACUGUGGACCUGCAGGAUGCAGAGGAAGCUGUAGAAUUGGUCCAGUAUGCUUACUUCAAGAAGGUUCUAGAGAAGGAGAAGAAACGUAAGAAGCGAAAUGAGGAUGAAUCAGAGACAGAUGAUGAAGAGGAGAAAAGCCAGGAGGACCAAGAGCAGAAGAGGAAGAGGAGGAAAACUCGUCACUCCGAUGCCAAGGAUGGGGACACCUAUGACCCUUAUGACUUCAGUGACACAGAGGAGGAAAUGCCUCAAGUGCACACUCCAAAGACUGCAGACUCACAGGAGACCAAGGAGUCCCAGAAGGUGGAAUUGAGUGAAUCCAGGUUGAAGGAAUUCAAGGCGGCCCUCUUAGAUGUGUUCCGGGAAGCUCAUGCACAGUCAGUGGGCAUGAAUCGCCUAACAGAAUCCAUCAACCGGGACAAAGAAGAACCUUUCUCUUCAGCAGAGAUCCAGGCUGCCCUGAGCAAGAUGCAGGAUGACAACCAGGUCAUGGUCUCUGAGGGCAUCAUCUUCCUCAUCUGAGGAGGCCUCAUCUCUGAACUUGGGUUCUGCCAAGGAAGUUUCUCCCAUAUUUCCUCUCCUGGCCCAUCUUUGCCUUCAUUCCCCGAAUAACGGUGUUAAUUGCAUUGAAGUUGAGGGACAUGUGACAAAGCUGCCAUGGGGUAAAGAGAAGAAAGUGGGCAAGGACUAAGAUUGUUGCCUGUCGAUUCAUUCAUUCAUCCACUGAUGCAUUCUCCUAUCUCCUGCCCAGAACAAACCAAGCCAUUAUUGGCUAUAAAUAACAUAUCCUCUGACAAGGGGGCAGGGGGACCACAGCUGGUUUUUGUUUAUCCUUUCUGUGUUUGUUGGCUGUUUUUUCUCUCCUGAGCACAUCAGUCUAGAACAGGCUUUGAGUGGUUCUGUGCUGGUGGAAUGAGGCUCUGAGGCAAGUCACAAAGGUCAAGAAAGCUUUCUUUGCUGUAGCACUAGUUAAGACUAAUACAUGCUUCUGACCCAGAUAUCUGAGACAUUUAAUAAACUUAACUAUUUUUAUAUUAUA